AUGCCACCCAACGAAGCAAUUAUAGAGCAAACGAUCGCUCAAUUGAAUCGACAAUUGAUUCCUAAAUAUGCUGAGGUUGCAAAGGAAUUCGGAAUCAAUCGCGUUACCUUGAUGCGGCGGUUCAAAGGUCAACAGGUCUCCAGAACAGAGGCAACAUCAGUCUACUGUCAGAAUCUCACAAAUACUGAAGAACAACACCUCCUAUUUCAUAUUAAUCAGUUAUCCGAUCGCGGCUUCCCUGUGACACCUCAAAUACUGCGCAAUUUUGUAUUUGAGAUCACCAAAAUGCAAUUGCAGGAGAAGAUCAAGCAGUAUAAUAUUCUACCUCAGAACACCUACAAUUUCAAUGAAAAAGGCUUUCUUCUUGGCCUCCUUCAUACCCUCAAGCGAAUUGUUUCUAUAGAAGCUCUCAAAUGGAAGCAUACAAUUGAAGCAGUGCAGAAUGGCAGUAGAGAAUUCAUUUCUCUACUUGCCGGUAUUUGUGCAGAUGGAACUACAAUUCCACCUGCACUCAUUUACCGCGGGGAAUCAAGAGAUAUGCAAGAUACAUGGCUUGAAGAUUUUGAUCCUAAAAAGGAUCAGGCAUACUUCGCUGCUUCAGAAAAUGGAUGA